AUGGGCCCAGAAUUGGUCUCAGGUGGUCAGCCCGACCGUCCUAGUGACCUUUCAGAGGCGACUCCUAGCUCAUCUAUGACAUUGGUAGGAAACAGUGCGGGUGGACUGAACGAUCUUAUCAAGUUGUAUUUUAGGACAGUUCAUCACUUUGGAUACCUAUCAUUCGUCCACGAGGCGGAUUAUUGGGAACUGAAAGAACGAAAUUGCGCACCGGAGGAUUUGAGCUUGUUGAUGGCUGCUCAUGCGGUCCGAUUUGGAGGGCGAAGUAGAGAUCUUUGGCAGCUGGAACUGGCAGAUAGGACGGUGGUGGAUGUGGGAGAGCGGUUGACCUCAAAGGUUCUAGACGAAUUUGGAGCGGUUGAGUUGAUGGAGGUUGUUCUGUGCCAAACGUACGACUUUCUCAACGGACGUUAUCAAAGGGGUAUGGUGAUGGCCGGAAUGGCGGUGAGGAUGAUGACAUUCCUACGUCUACACGAGCUCGACGAGUGGCCUCGACAGACAGCCAAGCCCUUGCUCAGUAAAGAGAGCCUGAGAAGGCUGGCGUGGUCCGUCUGGUACUUAGAUGCUACUCUGGACGGCGGAGUAUUUGGAGCUUCCAACAUACAUGAAGAUGCUUUCACCAUCCAGCUCCCAUGCGAAGAUCGGCCUUUCCUCCUUCAUAGACAGGUGGUGACCGAGCAUCUAGUGCCUAGACAUCCUUUCGUCACACACCCCGGUAAUCUGCCUCGACUGGAACCAGUAGACCUAUCAGGACACCUGAUCAGAGCCAUGGCUGCCAGACAAUGCCUCGCACAAGCCUAUUCGCGGAUUCGACGGCGACUACUGACCCAUGGAUCCACGACCAGCCCUGGUUUCGUUGCACGUAAUACGGAUCAAGACAAGGAGCGUCAGAAGUUGAUAUCAAACGCGAUCAAGUUAAGUCAGAUAUUGGGAGACGCCAUCGCCCACGACGUAUCUCUCGAUCCCCAGAUAGCCAUGCAUGCCUACAACGCCAUCGAGAUAUUCCUCUUCCAACCUCUUCGUUUACCCAUCGAGUCGAUAGACCCUCAAGGAUUAUCGAGAGAAAGGAUUGUUGCGGCCAUAAAGCCCCUGUUGCACGUGAUGAGAGCAGCCUCCACAAUCUGUCCUCUGGUGAACUUGAUCUAUCCCGAAGCCAUCAAUCGUAUGGUGCAGAUGGGCUACCUCGAAGAUCUGACAAAUGAAGAUAUUCUGGCAGUAUUGCAGAAAGUGCACUGUUUGACCAACGCCGACAAAGAGUUCGAUUGGACCGAGUCAUUCUGGCGAUAUGAGGUCCUCCUCUCGAGACGAUCACGCAUCGGGGCAACGGGAAUGGCUGAUCCUGAAGGCCCUACAGAUAAUGGGUUAGCGGAAUCCCCGGAAGACACCCUGUUGGAAGUCCCACCUGCUUUGCCAACAUCAAGAGCAGUCCAUGUUGAUUCACCCAGUUCUACGAACCAACAGAUCGUCAAUAUGGCGAACACUCCACAGAGCUUGGCUAAUGACGCCAGCUUAGCUCCGUUUGGACCCGGGUCACCUGUUUACGAAGACGGUCGUAACCUGCAGUUGGCUGCGGAUCCUAUAUCUCGGCUUCAAGAUCUGUUUGCCACCCGUGGACCAGAAACCAACGCCGGCAGCCCCGCUCCUUAUGUCGCUAUUUCAGAUCUCACCUCGAAUGCGACUGUACCAUGGCCAUUCUUAUCGAUGACAGUUCAUGCAAUUCCGACGGCACAACUGGGACAAGAAGACGCUCCUAUUCCGUUCCCAUGGAAAUGA